AUGCCGGAUCUGACGGAGCGGUACUUGACGAACGACAAGCCGUUCGGUGGCGAGAGCACGAGCUGGCUGGUCGCCUUUCUGAAGCUGCACGGGCAAGGCGGAGGCAAGAAGGUUCGGGUGCGAGGCGUGGACGGUGAAGGACGCCCAAUCAACCACCUCUACACCAUGCACGAGAGGAAGUACCCGGGGCACAAAUACGGAAGCACUUACGCCAAGUGCGUGAAGCUGUGCCGCAUGUUCACCCACGAUUGCGUGGACAACCUCAACAAGCGUCUCGAUGACGUGGGGAAGCUGGGGCUGACAAAGCUGUUUCGGGCGGGGAAGUGGGUGAAGAUCAAGGCUCAACGGGAGCGGAAGUGCCGUGAGUGGCUUCUGGAAUGCAGUAAGCAUUUCCGCAACAAGCUGACGGGAUUCGACCUCAAGGCCGCAGAGAGGGAGCUCCCAACAUUCUGUGCGAUAAUGGAGAUGCACCACGAGCUGGAGAGCUUCAAGCAGGGCCUCACCAACAUUUUCGGGAGCGCAGCCCGAAGAACGAAGAGCACAAAGCUGGCUGUGGCAGAGCGUGGCUGGAAGGGUAAAGAGAAGGAGGGUGAAGACGAGGUUCUGGAACAGGACCUGGGCGACGAUCAAGAGGUCGUGGGGGAGGAGGAGGAGGACAACCCCUUCCUCUCGGACGAUGAGGAUGUGGAGGAGGUGUUCCACAUUGACAAGCCGGUGCACUAG